AUGCAGGCCUACGCCUUUGGACUCCGACAGUCUGCGGCCGACAGCCUGGACGAUGGCCAAAGCCGUUAUGUACCAAGCUCGGUGUACAGCGGUCCAGGGCCCAUCGAUGAUUCUCCAGCGAUUGGGAAUAACGGGAGCUUCAUGUCAGGUGCUCUGCGUGGUCCUUUUGCAGAUGAGCAGCCGACCCCUCGCUUUGCACCUCCGCCGGUGCCGAAGCAGCCUCGCAACUCUACCCUUCUCAAUAUCAAUGACCCAGUUGCCAUGCACCUGCUGGCCGAGACCGCCAUGAGCGAUAGUCGCGAUUUUGAAGUGUUGUCGUUCGAAGAGGUUGAUCAAUUGAAAAGAGAACGGGUUUAUUUAAGAGGCAAGGUCGACACCACACGGAGGAAAUUGGCUCUCGAGACGAAGCUGCGGGAUGCAGCACAAUCACUGAAUCGCCUAUACUCUGUGGGCGACAAGCAGGACUCGGGAGGUGGCUCGUCCAGGAGCAAGAGACGCAGUCUUCUGGCAAACCAACAGACCUCGGGGGCUGAAAUGGCGAGCCAGGCAGAUGACGAAUAUGCAGCAAGCAACAAGAAGGUCGAGGAGCUCACACGGGAGCUGUCGCUGCAGGAAAAGGAACUAGAACGGGUGCAAAUGAGAAUUCUGCAGCACACAGCUGGAAUCCUUCAGAUGACUCACAAGGGCUUAAAGAAGAAUGUUCGCCAGUCCGAGUUGCCGAGAAGUCCAGAGAGCAUGACAAGCCAACCUAAUGGUAGAAUCUCAGGGGUAACGGGAAUCGACGACUUUGAUGAACGUAGCCUGUACCAAGUGCCCGACUACGUGACGGAUUUCGGCACGCCAUCAAUCGGCUUGGGGGUCAGAGGAAAGCAAGGAAGCAAAGACCCCAUCGAAGACGUUGCAGCUCGUCUCCAAGAGGUGAACGGCCGACUGCACAUGAUGGUCAAUCAGUCCGGUACCCAGGCGCAUUUUGACCCGCCCCCGCAGCCAACAGAUGUUGAUAUGGUCGGUCGAGUCGGCGCCCAGAUCCAGGCUCAUCUGGGCUAUUUGUCGCAAGGCCUCGAUGCCAUGGAGGCAGUGCAGGCACGGUCCAAAGGCCUUGGACAAGACUCGGCAUUGAACCACGAGGGGCAGCUUGAAGAUGUUAACAUCCGCCUUCAUGAUCUGCUUGAACGGACAAAUUCUGUCAGCCACAGUCCCAAUAUACCGCAAGAUGAACCGAGAGGGAAAGACCUACAGUCACAGCUGGCACUUUCAUCCUCGAUUCUCAACAGACUGAACUCACGAGUACAGACCCUGGUGGAGCAGAAGGACAUUCUCACCCGUCAGAUCCAGCAACAGCGCGAGCUCAACACCAAGUCGGAUGCUCAACGUGACUCCAAGAUCCACGAAUUAACGGACGAGAUCGAGCUGCACAAGAGGGCCCUAGUUGCACAUGAGGAAGAGUCGCGUCGAUUCCAGGAGCAGAUAAAUCUUCUUUCGGAGCAGCUGGAUAUGGCCAAGCAGGAAGGCAUGCUUCUAGAACAACAGCGAGGCGCAACCGACAAGCAAGCAGACGACGCCACUGCUCCUCUGCUCGAGAGAAUCAGCGGUCUCGAAACCGCCAAAGCAGCUGCAGAAACGGAUCUUGCGAAGGCGCGCGACGAAAUCAAUGGCCUGGAGGCCGACGUGGUGCGAGCACAGACAGAACUGACCAUGGUGAAGGCGGAGUUGGACGGUGCUUAUGGAACGCGUGCUCAACGAGCUGCUGACGUGUCGAUGAACCCUGCCAUCCAGAAAGAGAUUGACGAUCUGAAUGCACGCAACGAAGAGUUGGAAAAGCAGCUCGACUUCCUCAAGGGCCAACAUGAAACCAAAGGCGCCGGCAGCGCAGAACUCCAGAACAAGGUCAACACGCUUCAGCAAGAGCUUAAGGAGACGCUCGAAGAAUACGAGAUUAUGACAAAGCAGAGCAUCGAGGAUGAGAAGGAACGUGAACGUCUCGAGGAGCAACUCGAUACGUUCCAGCAGCGAUGCGAAACUCUUGAAUCUCAAUUAAACGAAGAAAGAGUCAAGUGGCUGGGUGCAAAGACCGGUUUGCCUACCGAGAGCACAUCCACCAUGGUCCUGAAGAACGAAUUCAAAAAGAUGAUGCGUGAAACUCGCGCCGAGAAUCUGAAGACAAUCAAGGCAAGUUCUCACCACCUACUACCGAAUAUGAAGUCCACAUCUAACUUGCUGCUAGGCUGA